CCUUAUUCGGUGUAGUAGCUCGCUCGGAAAAUAACAAAUUUAUACCAGACCUGCGUUCCCGUGUCGAAGCCUCGGCCUGCCGCAAGGAAGACAUGAUUGUGGUUCCAAUUUUCUGCACGAACUUGCCCAUCAAGUGGCUCCGUACCAUCGCCGCAUUCUGCAUACUCUUCAACGGCGCUACGAUCGGCGAGUGCGUGUACAACCUGGCCCAGGAACGCGAUCUUCCCAUCACCUUGAAACCUUUUCCAACGUACUCCAAGGUCAUAGAUAUCUCCACCACAAGGUUGUUUACCAUUGCCUAUGCCGUGAUUUCUGCAAUGGCUGUUGGAGCAGACCUCGUUCUUCUUCUGGGGGUGAAGGCGCAACCAGUGAAAGCACUGCGCGUAUUUUUGUACUGGAACACCUUCCACUUCCUAGUCGAUGUCGUCAUUUUAACGGCCUUCUUCGUUGCCGUCCUCAAGCAGUCCAAUGCCACUGAAGCCAUUAAUGCAUCACACACAUUGAUUUUCAUUGCGACGGCUCUUCGGCUGUCUAUCCUUGGCAGCGUGUACCAGACGUACAGGGUCUACGUGGCGAACCCCAACUACAGGGACUCGUACUGACGCGCCUACGCACUUGCACCUUCUCAGAGGACAUCCAUCCCAUUGUUUCAUCUUUAAGCUAUUCUGAUCAUACAAGAAUAUCCGUUUUAUAUAUUAAAUAAAUGUGGAUACGCUA